AUGCAACGGGAUGCGAAGCGCAACGGUCUCAGCCAAAGUCCAUUCGAAUUUCGACCGCUGAUUGAAGAUCCCCGACACAUGUACACAUCCACAGUCAGUUCGCGGUACUCGGUACAGCAUCUGAAAUCAUUCACGGUACUGCCCACCUGUGUCCCGUUGCACACCAGUGAGGCGAUCGAUCUGUUAAACAAACAGGAACGUUUCCGUCCGCGAUAUUAUGAAUUGAAAAUUGUCAAAAAAUGGGGCAAUUAUGAACUGAUCAUUGAGGAUCCAUGGCAAGGACGUUCCAAGGAAUUCUGUUGUCCACCGUUGAAACUACUUCCCGCAGACCGAAUGCCAUAA